AUGCAGUGUGCUACACGUUUUGUGCCACGUCUACUUUCGCAUAAAUCGUGCGCUGUCUUUCUGCGUUCACAGGCGUUCUCAUUAGCAAUGGCUGAUCAAGCAAAAGUGCAUACACCAUUGGUUGAAGUGGAACGCAUUCCAUAUGUGGGUAGCAACAUGCUCAAGGAUCCAGUUUCAGUUGCUGAUCCAGAAGCAUUCGAAAUCAUGAAAAAUGUUUGUUUUCCUAUCUGA